AAGCAGUGCUUAGUUGCAGAUUUUUAUUUAAAUAACACUUAUAAUUAACUGUUAAAUAUAGGGAAAUAAGUUCUAACAAGCAUUACACGGUGAACAGCUACAUUACUAAUACAAUAUGUGCGAUAGCGAUGAUCCAGGAGACCAGGGACAGUCGGGAAUGGAUUUGACCGGGUUUUUAUUUGGUAAUAUUGAUGAAAGAGGCCAGUUGGAGGAUGAUGGGCUGCUGGAUGGAGAAUCGAAGCGCAUGUUGUCGUCUCUGAAUCGUCUUGGCCUAGGUUCUAUGCUAGAUGAAGUGCUAAAUCAAGAGGAAAUUAGCAAAGAAGAUGAGGAGAAAGAUUAUUCUCAAAAAAGUCCAUCAGCAGAAGAUUUCUUUGACAUUGAUGAUGUUGCAGAAGAUAUAAAAGAUGUAGAGAUUACUAACAAGGAAGCACAUGGGGAGAUACUGGGUGAUAAGCAAGGUGAGACACAGGGCCAGACAAAACAGGAGCUGGAAAUGGAGAAAACAGAAAUGGAGGUUAUGGACACGGAAACUGUAACAACGGAAGUUCAAACUACUAGUGAUUGUCCACAGAGUGAAAUAAAAGAUGAAGUUAAUGAGGAAAAACAAGAUUUUGAGAAAAGUGAGCAAAUUAAAGAUGAAGGUUAUGACGGAGAUAUGGAGGGUGAUGAAGAUCUUAUGCCUCCACCUUCCAUUAUUCCUAAAAACAAUACUAAUAAAUCGGACAAGGCAAGGAAACUGGAAACACCACUGGCGGCUAUGUUACCAUCUAAAUAUGCUAAUGUGGAAGUCACAGAACUAUUCCCAGAUUUUAGGCCUGACAAAGUGUUAUUGUUCUCUCGUCUGUUUGGACCUGGCAAGCUGUCAAGCCUGCCUCAGAUUUGGCGUGGGGUCAAAAAACGAAGACGUCGCAAGCGCAGUGGUAGCACCAGUAGUGAUACUCCACCUCAAAUUCCGGAUAACCAGGAAAUGCAGUAUGCUAGUGAUGAUGAAGAAAAACUAUUGAAGCCAAUGGAAGAAAACCAACAUUCAUCAUCAAAUGACAACUAUAACUCUGCAUAUGGUGGCGACAAGUCCCAAAGGCCCACGCCUGCGCAUUGGCGUUUCGGCCCAGCACAAGUUUGGUAUGAUAUGUUGAAUGUACCAGAGACUGGAGAAGGUUUUGAUUAUGGGUUUAAAGUUAAGGAUCCAUCACCUGAAAGAGAUGACAAACCCAAUGAAGGGGAGGAGAAAAAAGAAACAGAUACCUCUGAUAGUCCUGACAGUGGUUUCCCCGAUGAUGCAUUCCUCAUGGCGACACAGCUGCAGUGGGAAGACGAUGUGAUUUGGGAUGGCAGUGAGAUUAAACACAAGGUUUUAGCACGUUUAAACAGUAAAAGCAAUGCAGCGGGCUGGGUGCCUACCUCGGUGAGUCGAACGGCGCAACAGUUCUCGCACCCGCGACCUCAGCCGCCUGCACCACUGCAGCCGAAACCACCCACAUCGACAACAUCGUCAACAAAUCCCACUCAACCCGGUGCCAAUUCGGCCGAAGGGGAAGACAACACCUGGUAUUCAAUAUUCCCCGUAGAAAACGAAGAACUUGUUUAUGGUACUUGGGAAGACGAAGUUAUAUGGGAUGCUCAAAAUAUGAAGCAGGUUCCUAAACCUAAAAUAUUAACUUUGGACCCUAAUGAUGAGAAUAUUAUACUAGGCAUACCAGAUGAUGUAGAUCCUUCAAAGAUUACUAGAGAACGGGGUCCGGCGCCAAAAGUAAAGAUACCGCACCCGCACGUGAAGAAGUCAAAGAUCCUUCUUGGAAAAGCGGGUGUGAUCAACGUUCUACAGGAAGACGCGCCACCCCCACCACCAAAAUCGCCGGAUAGAGAUCCUUUCAAUAUAUCCAAUGAUGUCUACUACCAACCAAAGUCCCAGAAUCCUCGUCUUAAAGUAGGGGGUGGGCAAUUAAUUCAACACAGUACGCCUGUAGUGGAACUACGUGCGCCGUUUAUACAAACUCACAUGGGUCCUGCAAGAUUGAGGGCUUUCCACCGUCCACCUUUGAGGAAGCUUUCAUAUGGACCAUUGGCUGCGCCUGGGCCGCACCCAGUGCAGCCUUUGUUGAAGCAUAUUAGGAAAAAAGCUAAGCAACGUGAAGCAGAACGCCUAGCUUCUGGUGGUGGAGACGUAUUCUUCAUGCGCACUCCAGAAGACCUGAGCGGCAGAGAUGGGGAACUAAUCUUAGUGGAAUUCUGUGAGGAACACCCGCCGCUUAUCAGUCAAGUUGGCAUGUGCACCAAGAUCAAGAAUUAUUAUAAAAGAACUGCAGCUAAGGAUGUUGGCCCGAAGCCUCUAAAAUACGGCGAGAUAGCCUACGCACACACAUCGCCAUUCUUAGGUAUUUUGGCCCCAGGUGCGACGCAGCCCGUUGUCGAAAAUAACAUGUACCGUGCCCCGAUAUAUGAGCACCUGAUACCUCUAACUGACUUCCUUAUUAUUAGAACCAGACAAGCCUACUAUAUUCGUGAAAUUGACGCUUUGUUCGUGGCUGGUCAAGAAUGUCCACUUUACGAAGUGCCUGGGCCGAAUUCUAAGAGGGCUAAUAAUUUUGUUCGAGAUUUCUUACAGGUUUUCAUCUAUAGAUUGUUCUGGAAAUCACGCGACAAUCCGCGAAGAAUCAAAAUGGACGAUAUUAAAAGAGCGUUUCCUUCCCACUCUGAGAGUUCUAUAAGAAAACGCUUGAAGUUGUGUGCCGAUUUUAAGCGAACGGGUUUGGACUCUAAUUGGUGGGUAAUAAAGCCCGACUUUCGGCUACCCUCUGAAGAAGAAAUUCGCGCAAUGGUAUCCCCAGAGCAAUGCUGUGCGUACUUUAGUAUGGCGGCUGCGGAACAGCGGUUGAAAGACGCGGGUUAUGGCGAAAAAUUCAUAUUCACUCCGCAGGAAGAUGACGAUGAGGAGAUGCAACUUAAAAUGGAUGAUGAGGUCAAAGUAGCACCAUGGAACACCACACGCGCAUACAUACAAGCUAUGCGAGGCAAGUGCCUUCUUCAGCUAACGGGGCCAGCUGACCCUACUGGUUGCGGAGAAGGUUUCUCCUACGUCCGCGUACCUAAUAAACCAACUCAACAACCCAAUGAAGAACAACAACCUAAGAGAACUGUCACGGGUACUGACGCUGAUUUAAGAAGGCUGAGUUUGAAUAACGCUAAAGCGUUGUUGAGGAAGUUUGGUGUGCCUGAAGAAGAGAUUAAAAAGUUAUCUCGAUGGGAAGUCAUUGAUGUUGUGCGAACUUUAUCCACGGAAAAGGCAAAGGCUGGUGAAGAAGGCAUGACAAAGUUCUCUAGAGGAAAUAGAUUUUCCAUUGCUGAACACCAAGAAAGAUACAAAGAAGAAUGUCAACGUAUCUUCGAGCUACAAAACAGAGUACUACAAAGUACAGAAGUGCUAAGUACAGACGAAGCGGAAAGUUCAGCCAGCGAGGAAUCCGACAUCGAAGACAUGGCUAAGAAUAUUGAAAACAUGCUGGCUAAUAAGAAAACUACUGAACAGUUGUCAUUAGAAAGGGAAGAAGCUGAAAGGGCGGAAUUAAGAAAGAUGAUUCUCGGACAAUCGGAGAAGAAGCCACAGAUCAAUCAGACUGAUCAGCAGAUUUCUAAUCUCGGUCGUGUGCUACGUAUCCUUCGUACGUUCCGCAAUGCAUCCGGUCAGCGGUACACACGUGUAGAACUUGUACGCAAAGCGGCCGUCAUCGAGGCGUAUACUAAAAUACGAUCGACGAAAGACGACGCCUUUAUACGACAAUUCGCUACUAUGGAUGAGACACAAAAAGAGGAAAUGAAGAGGGAAAAGAGAAGAAUUCAGGAACAACUGAGACGUAUAAAACGAAACCAGGAGAGGGAAAGGCUGGCUGGAAAUGUUACUGUUCCUGCUCCAUUCCCAGAAUCAUUAAAUGUAACAUCAGACGUAAGCUUACCCUCACCAGGAUUAAUUCCACUUGGACAAAUCAAACAAGAGCCUGGAGAACCGACUCCCUCUCGCCGCCGCGCUAAACUGAAGCCAGACUUGAAACUCAAGUAUGGACAGUACAGAAAUGUCGGCCAAAACUCUAAUUUAAUACAGGGCAUCAAAGUGACACGAUCAUAUGCCUGCGGAGCGUGUGGUCAAGUGGGACAUAUGAGGACGAACAAAUCAUGUCCCUUGUACACUGGGUCGAUGGCUGGAGGACCUUCCUCGCCACCUGAGACUGAUGUCGAGCCACCUCCUGAACCAGCUGACGAAGACGACUUGGGUUACGUUGAUGGUACUAAGCUUACCUUGCCAUCGAAACUUAUCAAGCAGUCAGCUGAAGAAUUAAAACGUCGCGGCAGCAGUGGUAGACGCGGCGAAUAUCGCGCCGCCGGUCGUAACAAACGUAGAGGCACAGCCAGUGAGUCGUGUGACUACUUAGUGAAGAGACCCGCGGAACGACGACGAACGGACCCUCUAGUAACUUUGUCAUCUCUAUUGGAAGAUGUGCUUAACCAUAUAAGGCACUUGCCGGAUGUGCAGCCGUUCCUGUUUCCAGUUAAUACAAAGUUAGUGCCAGAUUACUACCGUGUAGUGACUCGCCCGAUGGAUCUGCAGACCAUUCGCGACAAUCUCCGCCAAAAGCGCUACCAGAGUCGAGAAGAUUUCCUGGCAGAUGUCAACCAGAUUGUAGAAAACUCUACCACUUAUAAUGGUCUAUCCAGCAGUCUCACAGUCGCCGCUCAGCGAAUGUUGCAAAAGUGCGUCGACAAACUGGCUGAGAAAGAAGAACAGCUCAUGAAACUUGAAAAACAGAUCAAUCCUUUACUUGAUGAUAAUGAUCAGGUGGCGCUAUCUUUCAUUCUUGAAAAUCUACUAACCACGAAAUUAAAGGUGAUGCCAGAAGCGUGGCCGUUCUUGAAACCUGUCAACAAGAAACAAGUGAAGGAUUACUAUAAUGUAAUUAAGAAGCCCAUUGACAUGGAGACGAUGGGCAAAAGGAUACAAGCUCAUAAAUACCACAGUCGUGAGGACUUCUUGAAGGAUAUAACCCUGUUAGUAGAGAACUGUCGCGCUUACAAUGGCCCUAACUCUCAAUUCACACGACAGGCUGAGGCUAUACAGAAGGUCACUAUUGAAGCUUUAGAACAGUUCGGCGAGCACGCGAGUCAGCUUGAAGCGAAUAUAGCCAAAGUGCAAGCGAAGAUGCUCGAAGAGGCGGAGCAGUCAGACGAUAUGGAAGAACUGCUACCGCCCCCACCAUCCGAUGAGAAACGUGGCCGUGGACGACCUAGGAAACAUAAGCCUUCAGCAUCCGGUCCAGACGGAGGACCACCAAGGAAACGUGGUAGACCAAGGAAGGAUCAGAACAGUUUGGAAGAAGAUCUUCAAUAUUCAGACUCGGGCAGUUCAGACCUUGAAGAAGUGGAAACCAAAGACGGUACUCUAGUACAACUUCCUGUUAUUCCACCAGAUACGAUGACGCCAAUGGAGACAAGUUUCGACACGUCCGAGUUCCUGAUCAAACGCGAGGUGCCUGACGAGCCGCCUCCGUCUACUGACGAUCUGGUCGACUUAGACCAUACCACAGAUUAUCCAUUUACUCCGGCUGUUGUUAAGGAGGAGCCAAUGGAACAAGAUAUGGGCAUGGACGUGCCAAUGAUGGAGAGCACAUCGCUAGACCCACCUCAGUUCAAGGAAGAACCGCCAGAGAAUUGGCAGCCGGACCCUGCCAUUCAAGACGAUCUACAAGUAACCGACAGCGAGGAGGAAGCUGAUGACGGUGGAUUAUGGUUCUAAACACAUUUACGAUAAUGUUUUAAUUUUAUCACAGGAAUUUAUUCUUGUGAAAUAUAUUAAGAAGGAUUAGUAAUAAUUUGAAAGUAAGACAAGUGAAUUUAAAGGUUUUUAUUGUUUAUUACAAAUGAAAUAAAUUUUGGUUACGAUAUGACAUUGUUUUUUUCGUGGACAUAAAAAAAAACGGUUGAAAGCCAUUUAUAUACUAAACU